CUCUUGGGGGAGGGGAGGAUUAUGAUGAUUUGCCACGAGGCAGGGAAACUUUAGCCUUGCAAAGUUCCGCAAAAAUGGCCUCGAAAACCCAAACAGUUACUGUUCCCAGUAGUUCCAACGGCAGAGCAGCCGCACAGCCUGCCAGAUUGAAAAAAGAUCCAACUAUAUCAGAGGUAUUCGCGAGCUUGGAAUAUGGCCCGGCUCCCGAGGCAUCAAAUGCCGUCAAUGCCUGGCUAACAAGCCAUGGUCGGACAUUUGGACAUUUUAUAAACGGGAAAUGGGUAAAGCCCGAGGGAAGAAAGGUCUACGAGUCAAAAAACCCGGCUACAGGGGAAGUGCUUGCCUCUACAACUCAAGGUGAAACCCAGGAUAUAGAAGAUGCCGUCAAAGCAGCACGGACAGCUUUUCAAAGCUGGAGCAAGCUUCCUGGGCAUGCAAGGGCACGUCAUCUGUACAGUAUUGCACGGCAUGUACAGAAGCAUGCCCGUCUUAUUGCCGUCCUAGAGAGCAUGGAUAAUGGGAAGUCUGUUCGUGAGACUAGGGAUUGUGAUAUUCCUAAUGUCGCACGUCACCUGUAUCAUCAUGCGGGCUGGGCGCAACUCAUGGAUACUGAGAUGCAAGGGUGGAAGCCUGUGGGUGUGGUGGGCGGCAUUGUGCCAUGGAAUUUCCCACUCAUGUUACUAUGUUGGAAGGUGUGCCCCGCCCUUGCGAUGGGUAACACGGUUGUGCUCAAGCCAGCCACCUACACAAGGCUGUCUGCCUUACUUUUUGCUGAGAUUUGUGCUGAAGCUGGACUGCCGCCAGGGGUGUUUAAUGUGGUGACAGGGAAUGGUGCUUUUGGCAGCCAGUUGGCAGGACACCCUGAUGUAGACAAGGUGGCUUUCACUGGAUCUACAGAGGUUGGAAAGCUAUUGAGACAGCUGACUGCUGGAUCAGGGAAGAAGUUGUCACUUGAGCUUGGUGGGAAGUCUCCUUUUGUAGUGUUUGAUUCUGCCGAUCUGGACAGUGCUGUGGAAGGUGUUGUUGAUGCAAUAUGGUUCAACCAAGGGCAGGUAUGUAGUGCAGGAUCCCGGCUUCUAGUCCAAGAGACAUGUGCUCAGCGCAUGAUCAAGAAGAUCAAGGAACGGAUGACACACCUGCGGCUAGGAGACCCUCUUGACAAGAGCAUCGACAUGGGAGCCAUAGUAGACCCGUCUCAACAGAAAUCAGUGGCUAAGAUGGUGGAAGAAGCCAGGGCAGAGGGAGCAGAGGUGUAUCAGAAGUGUGCCUCUCUGCCAAGUGGUUGCUACUAUCCACCUACCCUCAUCACCAAUGUCCAACCAGUCUCCAAGAUAGUGAUGGAAGAAGUGUUCGGCCCUGUCCUUGUUGUAUUGACAUUCCGUACAGCAAAGGAGGCCGUGGCAAUCGCAAACAACACUAAUUUUGGGCUUGGAGCAAGCGUCUGGACUGAGAACCUAUCCCUCGCAAUGGAGGUUGGCUUGAGUAUGAAGGCAGGAGCAGUGUGGAUCAAUGGGCAUAACCUCUUUGAUGCUGCCGCUGGUUUUGGUGGAUAUCGCGAGAGUGGUUAUGGCAGAGAUGGGGGAAAAGAGGGCUUGUACGAGUAUGUCUGCCCGACGUGGCAGGAGAGGCCACGCCCUCAGAUCGGCAGUUACGAUGUCAAAACGUUUGGUGCUACUGUCCCUAAGACUGUACUCAAUCCUAACACUUAUCCCAUCAAAGCUGCUGAAACAGGAUCCUUGGAAGGUCAUCCGUUGCCAAGCAUCGACCACACCUACAAGAUGUACAUCGGAGGAGCCCAGAAGCGACCUGAUGGCAACUACUCAAGACCAAUCCUGAACCCCUCCGGGGAGGUGAUAGCACAAGUGGCAGAUGGCAACAGGAAGGACAUCAGAGAGGCAGUGGAAGCAGCACAUAAGGCGGCAUCAGGGUGGGGUAAAAGAGCAGCUCACAACAGAGCGCAGAUAGUGUACUACUUGGCCGAAAACUUAGAAAUGAGGCGUGCUGAGGUAGCGGCCCGAAUAUCGGAUAUGACCGGCCAAUCAUUGGACGAGUGUAAAGCAGAAGUGGACGCUUCAAUACAACGGCUCUUCUACUACGGCGCUUAUGCGGAUAAGUUCGGGGGAACCGUCCAGGAAACCCCUUUUUACGGGGCGACAGUAAAGAUCCACGAACCCGUAGGCGUCAUAGGCAUCGCUUGCCCGGAUGAAUGCCCUCUCCUUGCGUUCGUAUCGCUACUGGCGCCGGCUAUAAUCCGCGGAAACACAGUGGUGAUUGUGCCCAGCGAGAAGUAUCCGGUGGUUGCCGCAGAUAUGUAUCAGGUAUUCGACACCUCCGAUCUCCCCGCCGGGGUCGUCAACAUUGUAACAGGUGACAGGGACCACCUCACUAAAUACCUUGCAGAACACCAAGACGUCCAGGCAAUGUGGUACUUCGGCUCAGCCGAGGGCAGCAAGUUUGUCGAGUACGCGUCUGCAGUCAAUGUCAAGCGGACGUGGGUCAGUUACGGAUGCGCGCGCAAGUGGCUGGACUCCCAGCAGGGUCAGGGAGAGGAAUUUUUGAUCAAUUCGGUCGAGUGUAAGAAUAUGUGGAUGCCAAUGGGUGAUAUAUUCGCAAACUAAUCACGAAAAAAGUGGGACGGUCCUCAAAUUUGAGGUAUACGAUCAUCAAAACUAGACGUCCUAUCCAGGUUUUCUGUGGUAUUGGUCUAUUCGGGUACCCUGUGGUCGGUAAUUUGACCCUUCACGGUCAACCACAGGAAAUCCGAAUAAAUGGCAAAACUAUUGUUAUUUAUUUGGUACCAGUGAAGUAACGGAUCACGUGUAUUCAUGCAGUACAAUUGUAAUAGGUUUAUGCACUCCUUAUAUGCUAGAAAAAUAGACUGAAAAACUAGGAAAAUAUCCGAUUCAUAGACCAAGAGUCCAUUUGAGUUGUGUGGAGUAAGUGGGGAAUUAAAAUGAAUUAUAAUAAAGCCCCUUUGAAAA